GCUGAGACUACUCUUGAUCACAACUGGUCUAUCCAAAGAGCAAGGGGACAUAUCUCUCGGGAUGUUGCAGACAUCAUUCACCCUAUCUCUCCUCCAAUUGCAGUCUUAGGUCAAGAUACGGUUCUAUGGAUGUAUACGCAGGCUUAAUUUAUAAACCGAGAACCGGAAAUACCCAAAAAUAAAAGGGCUCGUAAUGCAAUUUAGUAGAAGUUGAAAACCAAAAAAUAUAUUUGCUGCUUUGCUCGAGAGCCUCCAACUCCAACACUACCGAUUUGAGUGUAUCAAGGUUUCUGAUUGAUAACGAUUAUUCAAGUUGCAGAACAAAAAUGGAAUCGAUUCAUCCUCACUUCAAGCUAAUUUUGGGAUCAUCUUCGAUUGCUCGACGUAAGAUACUCACAGACAUGGGAUACCAAUUCACUCUCAUGAGUGCUGAUAUUGAUGAGAAAAACAUCCGCAAAGAUAAACCUGAGGAGUUGGUUUUGGCUUUAGCUGAGGCAAAGGCUGAUGCUAUUGUGUCAAAACUACAUACUGAAUGUGAGGAUGAGGAACAACAACCUACAAUCUUGAUUGCAUCGGAUACAGCUGAAGCAAUCAUGCAGCGAAUCCCUGAUGGUGGCAGCCUAGAGGAGGAUAAGUCGACCUUACUUAUUACUUGUGACCAAGUGGUAGUCUAUGAAGAUGCCGUCAGAGAGAAACCCUCGAGUGUCGAGGAAGCAAGGGAGUACAUAAGAGGCUAUUCCAAGGGACACACAGCAACAGUGAGUUCUGUGGCUGUGACAAAUCUCAAAACAGGACUCAGAAAAUCCGGCGUUGAUAGAGUGGAGAUCUAUUUCAAUGAAAUACCGGAGGAGACUAUCGAGAAACUGAUUGAGGAAGGCACAGUGCUUAAGGUGGCUGGUGCACUCCUAAUCGAGCAUCCUCUAAUAUUGCCAUGCGUUAAGGAAGUGGCUGGGACAACGGAUAGCGUGAUGGGUCUGCCCAAAGAAUUGACUGAGAAACUGAUAAAGGAAGUAUUGGCAAUGGCAAGCGGUUAGCUACUACAUUCCUGGUUUCUAUGGCAAGCAUUGAGCUACUACAUUCCUGGUCUCUCUAGGACAUAGAAACAUGAACAAGUAUUUGUUAAACUAGUUUGUUGAAGUUGUGUUUUUUUUUUUCUCGUUGUCUCUGAUAGGAAUAUGAUAAUUUGAUUUCUUAAUGGCCAGGGGUAUUAAAACCUAA